GCCAUGCUUUGCACAGCCAUAGUAAACAUGUGAACUGAAUCUGACGUCCAGUCAUAACAAAACAAGAAGGUCGAAGAGUAUUAGUCGGAUAUUGUACACUAAAACUCCAAAUGUUGAGACUUAGAUGGCAUACGGGUUUUAAUGGAAAAUACGCCGAAAGAAACUCCAUUUGUUUUACUGAGAUUUAAAAAAAUCUAUUUCCAAAAUAGUGAAAUUCGGUAAGAUUAUCGUAAUUGUUACAUGGCCUUUGCCGAAAGGCCGUAAAGGCGUUUGGUGAGUGAAGGACUGGGUGGAUGCCGACGUUGUGGUUGCAGUGCAAAGUACAUUGGGGAUAGGACCAAAACUGAGGAAAGGCGACGCGAUCCUUGGCUGCCAAAGGUCGAGGACCGCGUCUGACGGGACGAGGCGCCAGGAGUCUGCGCUGAGGAGGAUGGCUCUUAGGAUAGAAGACGCACAUGUAUCGAGUUUCACUUAAUUUCUAUUUUAUCAUAUACGGGUUAGAAAUAUCUGAAUUCACAUACAGUAAAUCAUCUAAAAUUAUUUGAAUUUCUUUUUGGUUAAACAAAACACCGCCUUGCGAUCUGGAGAGUCAUAAACGCGACGCUCCACAAGGGUUAAACAUGGAAGAGGACAGCGUGCAGGAUGUCGACCCCGACUUUGAACCCCGGAGCCGCCCGAGGUCGUGCACAUGGCCCAACGUGUCCACCGUCAAACCGGAGGGAGAGGACGUCGGGGAAACCGCUCCCGGCAUCGUCCUGGCGCCGGGCCAAGGGAAGGACGCGGAUUCCAGGGGCGGGGCUACAUCGGGGGUGGGCGUGGUCACGCCGAGGAAGGGUGGCUCGCGCCGCAACGCCUGGGGGAACCAGUCAUAUGCAGAGCUGAUCACCCAGGCCAUAGAGAGCUCUCCUGAAAAGCGGCUCACCUUGUCACAGAUCUAUGACUGGAUGGUCAACACCGUGCCGUAUUUCAAGGAUAAAGGAGACAGCAAUAGUUCAGUGGGAUGGAAGAAUUCCAUCCGCCACAACCUCUCCCUGCACAGCAAGUUCCUGAGGGUGCAGAACGAGGCGUCGGGCAAGAGCUCCUGGUGGACGCUGAACCCGGAGGCGGGCCGCUCUGCCAAGGAGUCGCGGCAGCGUCACUCCAUGGACAACUGCAGCAAGCUGCUGAAGAGCCGCGCGCACGCCCGGCAGGCCAAGGCGGCGAGGGCGGCGGCCCUGCGGCAGAGGGAGGCCGCCCCCGAGGGCGCCCCGCCGGACCCACCCUCGCAGAGCCAUCCCGGCCGCAGCCCCUCACCUCAUGGUUACCUUGACAACACGGAUGUGUGGACCAGCUUCCGCUCACGCACGGGCUCUAACGCCAGCUCCCUGAGUGGCCGGCGGUCUCCCGUGGCGACCGCGCUGGAGGACGAGGAGGCCCCGAUGGAGGAGCCGCUGGUAGCUGGAGCCCUGGCGGAGAGCUCCGUGGCGGAGCUGGAUCUCAGUGCCAGGCUCACGCUGAUAGCCGGCCAGCAGGGAGGCACCAGUCCCCAGGGCAGCUCCACAGCGCCCCCUACCUGUCUGCACUCCAUGCCCACUCUGGUGCCUUCUGAAUCCAGCUUCCUGUCUCUCUGCUCGACGCAGCCCUCAGCGCCCCCAGCUCAGGCUGCCCCACUGCCCUCCCCUCGGUGGGUAGGCCCCCCCUGCUGUUUUGGCCCUGGCUCCCAGGAUGUCACCUACGGGGCGCAUUUACCCUCGGGUAUGGGGGCGCUGUUUCCUGGGGGGCAUGUAAGUGGAAUUCAGGGUGCGUCCCACCUCCCGAAUCUGCCUAUGGCCCAGCUGGACUCAUCGCUUGGUACGCAGGGCUUCUCCCUGAAGCAGCUUCAGGCCCUGGCUGGCCAUAGCAGGGGACGUCCCCCACAAGCCGGGGCUGGCUCGUGUUUCCCCAUGCCCGAGACAGCAGGGGGCCACAUCCCCUUCCUGGGCAAUCAGGACCAGCUGCCUACGGACCUGGAUGCUGAUAUGUUUACCGAGAACCUGGACUGCGACAUUGACUAUAUCAUCAACAGUGACCUCCUGGACGGUGAAGCUGUCGACUUCAACUUCGACAUGAUACCUCCCGUGAAGCAGGGUUGCCAUGGAAACCUACAAGACUCCUUCCACAAUUGGGUGCCCAGCUAAAUGCCCCCACAUCAGCAGGGGCAGGUUUGUUUUUUUGGGGGCCCCACUCCCCGAAAUGUUUAAAAAAAAAAACUAAAUGAACAGCUGCCAGUUAGAGGUUUGUGGUGAUCUAGAUCGAUAGCAGAACAUGCUGCUGAAGCGUCUGCUAACUAAGGAACACUUAAGUGUUUAAUGUUAUGACCAUUUUGGCCAACAGGGGGCACCACACAGAUGUGUGCUUUGAGUGGCAGUAAAUGCCACUGCCGCAUGUCCCCCAGAUGUGAUGCCAUGCUGUGUCAGGGCCAGUGCUGGGUUAGUUUAGCAUAGCAUAGCACAGCACACAAUGUUUCUGUGAGUUAUACAGAAAAUACAGUUUUUAACUAUACCUUUCAACUUCUAAAAAUAACAGAUGGCACUUUUUUUCCCCCAAAAGGACAGAAAAUAACAUUUCCCAAGGCUUUUGAUUCACGGUCAGUGCAGUUUAGAGUUAGGGUAUGUAAUACAGGCUGUAAAUAUCCGCCAUAUUGACUGGUGUAGACGCUCUCUGCCUGUAUCUGAUGCUUUUGCCCUCUCUGUUAUGGGUUCGUGUCACUUUCUCGCAUUCCCUCCUUCCCAGCCCUCCAUCAUUCUCCGCUGCUCUGUCGUCUGCAUUCUCAGGCACUGAUUCCCCUUCCCGUCUCAGCUCAGCUCGCUUUAACGUGCCUUUGAGGAAGAGCAGGGGUACAAAUAACACAAGAUAUGCGGAACGAUGGGGGGGUUGUCUUAUGAUUUGACGUUUAACGUGUGAAAGGUUUGAGUUUCACUUCGCCCUCGGGCUUUUGUCUCUCAGCUGACCUCCCUUGAAACGAGGCCCGUUCUUAUGAAAUCACGGAAGGUGAUUGAGGGGGUGCAGCUAAGCAACAUUAGAGUGUCAGCACUGUGUGUCGGUGUCUGUGUGUGUGUGUGUGUGUCUGUGUGUGUGUGUGUGUGUGUGUGUGUGUGUGUGUGUGUCUGUGUGUGUGAGGUUAUGUGUAUAUAUUAGAAAAAUAUUCCCACAG